AUGGGGGACCAGGCUGCUUGCUGCCCCCUCUCCGCACGUGGGCAGGGGGCCACUGUCACUGCGGAGCGGUGGCUGCAGGAACAGGAGCCGCACUUGCGCCAGGGACAUCUAAGUCUGGCCCAGCAGAGGCUGCCCUCCAGCCACGAGGAGCCACUCCCUGGGGCCCAGGGCCCGGAAGCCUCCUGUCUGAGUGCCACCCUGACCCCUGCUCCUGGCACUCCUGGCUUCAGCCCGUCGCUGGCCGGCCUGGGCUCCUCGCACCUCCACGCCAAGCUGGUGCUGCUGAAACACACAGCUAAGCAGGACCGGGACUUCUUGGAGGAUGAACAGUUCUUCCUGGAGACCUUGACGAAAGCCUCCUACAACAUGACAUCCCAUUCAGCUUGAAGGGCCUGGCUGCCUCCUUGGCAGAGGCCUCAGAUGCCAGAACUCUGCCCCGCUGCCCUGCUGCCACUCCAGGGGGCCCAGGGAAAGCUCUGCAAGGCCCAGGGCCUGAUUACAGCUCUUCUUGUCAACA